UUAACCAAUGGUUGGGGAUGUAAACCGCGGUUAGGCUGUAGCACUGGGUAGCAUUACCGUGCACCCGCAGUAGAGAAAUAUCGCCUCCCACUUUCACCGCGCAAACUGCGAUUGAGCCGCCACAAACAAACCCUCACCACCACCAUGGAAACCAUGUCCGGCGACAAAACCAUCGCGACGGAGCAAUACGGUGUCCUCCUGUAUUACAAGUACGCCGAGAUCCCCAACCUGAACGACGUCGUCACAUUCUACCGCUCCAACUGCUCCUCCCUCGGCCUCCUCGGCCGCGUUCGCAUUUCUCCCCACGGCGUCAAUGUCACCGUUGGUGGCAACUUACACUCUUUGGAGAAACACAUUGAAGCCCUCAAGUCCAACCAUGACUUAUUUGAAGGAACUGAUUUCAAGCUUGCAACCUGUCAUCACCCUUCAAAUGACAAGGUUGCUGAGGAAUCUGGUUUCACUUCACUCUCCAUUCGGAUCGUCAAGGAACUGGUUACUCUUAGUUCUCAUCCACUUUUGAAGUCGCCGGAAAUAUCAAAUGCUGGAAAACAUCUAUCUGCCACUGAGUUCCAUUCUUCACUUCACAAUGCUAACAGUGAGAGUCCGGAAAAGAGCCUUGUUUUACUUGAUGCGAGGAAUCUGUAUGAAACAAGAAUUGGGAAAUUUCAGGCACCGAAUGUUGAUACUUUGGACCCGCAAGUUAGGCAGUAUAGUGAUAUGUCGUCAUGGAUAGAUGCUAAUGGUGAGCAGUUGAAAGGCAAAAAUAUCCUCAUGUAUUGUACCGGUGGAAUUAGGUGUGAAAUGGCAUCGGCAUAUAUUAAGUCAAAAGGUGCUGGGUUUGAGAAUGUGUUUCAGCUAUUUGGUGGUAUACAACGGUAUAUGGAGCAAUUCCCAGAUGGUGGUUUCUUCAAAGGAAAGAAUUUUGUUUUUGAUCAUCGGAUAUCAGUUGGAAGUUCAGAUGCUAAUAUUAUUGGUACCUGCCUUAUUUGUCACUGCUCAUUUGAUGAUUACUCUUCACGCUGCCGAUGUACGCAUUGCAGAAUGCUUGUCUUGGUUUGUCAUGGUUGCCAGAAUGAAUCUGCACUGUAUGUUUGUGAGCUAUGCCAAAGACAGGGAAAGACUGUCAGGUCAAAGCAGUUAAUUGAAAAUGGUGAACCAGAACCAUCAUUACCAGAUCUUGAGAUACAUAAUUUUUCUUCAGACACUAUAGUCUUACCUCAAGUGCCUAGAGAAGAUGAUGUAAGGACCUCAAGAAAACUGAGAAUCUUAUGCUUGCACGGGUUUCGGCAGAAUGCAUCCAGUUUUAAAGGAAGAACAGCAUCACUAGCCAAAAAACUAAAAAAAAUGUCUGAAUUUAUUUUUAUAGAUGCCCCUCAUGAAUUGUCAUUCAUAUAUCAGACCCCCAUGCCAGUGCCCGACAUGAAUUGUGCAUCGCCAUCGUUACCUCCUAGUCCCCCACCUUCGCAGAGUUGCAACAAGAAGUUUGCAUGGUUUGUGGCACAAAAUUUUGACAGAAGCAGCGGUGUUGAUUGGAAGGUAGCAGAUGGCCCAUUUGAUCCGCUUCAGUACCAGCAGCAAACUGCUGGAUAUGAUAUUUCACUAUCACACUUGAAGAAAGUGUUCUCCCAAGAAGGGCCAUUUGAUGGAAUCUUGGGAUUUUCACAGGGAGCAGCAAUGGCUGCCUUAGUCUCCGCACAACAGGAAAAGCUAAGAGGUGAAAUGGAUUUCAAAUUCGUAGUCUUGUGCUCAGGCUUUGCUCUACAAGUGAAGGAGAUGGAGUUUGGUCCUAUAAAGUGCCCUUGUCUUCAUAUUUUCGGCAAUGAACAAGGUAAAGACAGACAGAUAGCCAACCAAGCUAGCAAGGAACUUGCUUCUCUAUAUGAUGAUAGUUGUUCUGUAAUAGUUGAACAUGAUUGUGGUCAUAUAAUUCCUACUCGAUCUCCUUAUAUUGAUGAGAUCAAGGAUUUCCUAGGCCGUUUUCUGUAAUAGGCCAAGUGAAAAAAAAAAACAAAUUUUUGAUAUCAUGUCUUCUACUAGCCAAAAUUUGCAACGUUCCUUGAUAUCAUGUCUUCUACGUGCCACCUUGCCAAUAAAAUUGCGCAGUGCUUUAAGGUUGUGCAAUUGUGUCAUUGGAUAUUGCCUCAUUCAAAUGCAGUGAGCACUACUUUCAGACAAUACUUGGUAGAGACUGACUGUUGGAAAUGGGUGCUUUGCUUUUGUCCUUUGCUCUGUCCAAUAUGAAUUGUAGCUCUUAAAUAAAACAAAAAUAUAAUUAAUAUUCUCAUUUUAUUUAAAUUAUAUAUUAGAUA